CUAUGGCGAACGAAUAAACAAAUAGAAAGCAAUGGGUAGCAAAGCGUCAGUAACGGUGAACACAUCUCUCCGCGAGUGACUAACACUAACAGUAUUAAUAGUCCAGUGACUGAUGGUACAUUUCAGCUGGGUGUGCUGUUGUUUUUCGUGCGGUCAGGACACAGAGGCUGUCAGUGCGAAUAGCGAUGAAAAGAGCGAAAAUAGUUUGCUGGUCCACACUGAACACCUCUGUUGUUGCAGCCGGUGAUACAGGCUAGCCGUUACUGGACUCCGGACCUGUUUUUUUUUUUUUUUAACGGUUUUUCUUGGAUAAAAAUGGAAAGAGGAGAACGCUAACAACACGACCGUUACCUGAUAAUAUCACACAUUUUUAAAAAAAAAAAUAUUUUCUUUCAGUGGGCUUUAUUUCGCUCGUAUUUUCUUUUUUUUUAAUUAAGUCGAGUUGACCUGUCGUUAAAAAUGUUGACUGGAUCUAAAACAACGUUCAAAGUCAGACAAAUGCUCCCAGAUAUCAAGGAGAGGAUGCUGAGUCAGAGCGGGACGAACGCGAGGAGUCGAGAUGUGUUUGGAUUACGCUGCCUACCAGGUGAGUGUGUACUUCAGAGAGCUGUUAUGGUGAGGAAGAAGUUGACUGCCAGGGAAGGAAGAGGUUGGCUGUCUGGGACCCUCUUCUGUACACACUUCAGAGUUGCAUUUGUGCCCCAGGACAGUCCCAAACCUGACGAUAAUGCAGACCCAGUGCUUUUAGGAGAUCAUGAUGUGGCUUUGGCAUCCAUAGAGAAGGUUGUGGUUGUGGGCCCAAACAGGACCAAGCUUGUGACCCCAAACUCCUCGCUGAAGUUCACCCCAGAGGAGCUCGUGCUUUACUGUAGGGACCUGCGAGUCGUCUGCUUCCUGUUCGACCGCCUCACUCCUGACGCACAGGUCAUAGAGAUGACCUACACCAUUGCCAAGACCUACCAGCCUCUCAAACCAGGCUCAGUUUUGUCUUUCCAGAACGCUGCCCUCGGGAGUGUAGAAAUGAAGCAGUUUCUAAGCAACCGUCGCAGAGAUGCCCACAUGAACUGGUUCGAGUCUGUCUCAGACUGGGAGCAAGAGCUGGAGAGGUGUGGAGCCACCGGCUGGAGAGUCAGCUCAGUUAACGACCGCUUCGAAAUGUCCACCAGCCUGCCCAGGUUCAUUGCGGUUCCACAGAAGGUUUUAGACACUGAGCUGAAGAAAAGCUUCGCCCACUUCAACGAAGGACGCAUCCCACGCUGGUGUUGGCGACACCCCAGAGGCAGCGAUCUACUGCGAAUGGCCAGCUUCCAGAAUAACAUCUAUCACGAGAAAGACGACAUCAGAAACCUUGAGCUGAUCCUGUUCGGUUGCCAGUCCUCUUUGUGUGUGGUGGUGGAGCUGGGCGAGGAACUGCCCUCACCUGCUGACAUCCAGCUGGCACACAGCCGCCUGCGCGCCCUCUGUCUGGGAGAUAUCUCCACAUCUGUGACGGUGCCUGAUGACAAAUGGUUAUCUACCCUGGAAGGCACCCACUGGCUAGACUACACCAGGUCCUGUCUGAAGAAAGCUUCGGAGGUAGCCUGCCUGCUUCGCGGCGGUCACCUGACUGUGGCACUGCAGGAAGCGGAGGACCGGGACAUGAGCUGCAUGGUGUCCAGCCUGGUGCAGGUGAUGUGUGAUCCCCACUGUCGGACCCAGCACGGUUUCCAGAGCCUGGUGCAGAAGGAGUGGGUGAUGGCCGGCCACCGCUUUCACAGCCGCAUCAACUACCACCGUGACAACGAUAAGGAGGAGGCUCCGGUCUUCCUGCUCUUCCUGGACUGUGUUUGGCAGCUGUGGUCCCAGUAUCCCUCUCGCUUUCAGCUGACAGAUGACUUCCUGUUGGCCCUGCACGACAGCAUCCACCUGCCACUCUUCUCCAGCUUCCUGGCCAACUGCCAGCGAGAGAGAUGCAAACGCUCCCAGAACCUUGGUCAGUCCUACACCCCGGUCAAUGGCUGGAGAGAUAUGCUUCAUCCAGAUUCUUCCUCAGAUCCAUCUGACCCUCCUCUGCCCCCUGUUUGGGACUGGGCCCUACAGUACAGCAAGCAGAGACAAGCACAUUUCACCCAACCCGUCCCCCCGAUCCCUCCGCUCCAGCCUCUGCUCAAUGGAAACCUCAACACCAACCCAGACACACACAGACUGACCGACACCAUCCCCGGCUCAGUCUUCCUCCUCUCUCGAGGCACCUUCACCUGUCCUGCUAACCUGCUUCCCUGGCGCAGCAGCAGUUUGGGCGUUUACAAAAAGAGCCACCGGAGGGCGCCGUCCUCCGAGAACGUGCCCGGCCUGGAGAGGCUACUGAAAGCUUGGUCCCUGACUGAGCUUCCCCAGGGCCUCGCUUCCAACUCCGGACCUCAAGGACCACUUGACCCCUACGAGCCUUUACUGCCGCUCCUCAUGGGGCCCUGCAUGGGCCUGUGGAGGGAGUGCUACCUCCGGGGGGCGCUCCAUGCACAGGCGUUCUCGCACCCCAUCUCUGCCAACCACCCCCACCCCGUGGAGCGACUAGCCCGGGAGGUGCAGCAGCUCAAAGACAAACUAGAACAAGUGUCCACCGGCACGGAUCCUCACCCACCCGCCAAGACAGCUGAGCCCCGGCGGACUGACACCAACAUGAACCAGAACACCAACAACGGCACCUUCCUCUUUCCAGCGUCGAGGCCUCAGAGCGCAGGUGCGCCCAGAGCAGCACCCCCCACUACCUCCACCAACCACCAGACCACCAGGGGCCCUCCACCCGCCUCAGCUCCAACAUCCAGGCCCAGCCACAAAGACAACGGUGGAAGCAACAAACACACCUUCCUCUUUGGGCACUCCUCAGUAACAGAGGCCCGUCCUGAUCAGCGCUACUAUCCAGCACCCAAUAACGCCAAGCUGCCUAAGAGCAACGGGCCCUCGAUAGCUUCCUGAGAUCUGAUACAGACCUUUCUAUCCUAUAACUGGGUACUAUAACCAAAUCACCUGCCUGCACAUUAUGAAACUGACCAUUCCCUGGCUGGUAUCAUGUACUGAGGAGACCCAGAUGUGUUUCCUGUCAUUUGAUUGACUGUAAGGUGAUAAGAAACAUGAGACACAUUUGGGUGGAGCACAGUUAACUGCAGUAGUAUGAAAUAAUGAGUGCUCUUGACUCUGCUACGUAUCAUCAGUACUGUAUAAAAAAAAAUGUGACAACAGUUUUGUAUAUUUGUAAAUGUAACAAACUCCUGAAUAUUCAAUAUUCCUCUAAUGAAAUAUAUCUAACUGCAGUGAAGCAAAGACUUAUAAAGAAUAAGGGCUGAAGAUGCUUAAUAAUGAAAGGCUCAUAAGCACAUCUUACAAUAUAUGACAAUGCAGUAGAAACUGUCAUGACACAUUUUUGUAAGUGUCAUGUCGCUCUUCAAGGAAGCUGCUAGAUUCCAUUUUUAGCUUUUUAGAAGGCGUUCUUAUCCGAAAUGGGUAACAGUGACUGGGCAGGAUGUAGAUAGUGGUGUCAUGCUUUAAGGGCACUUUGACAGGACACAAAGCAGUGAAUAGACACGUCAGCUUCCAUCGUGUGACCAUUCGAUCUUUAUUAUAUGUGCAAAAAAGACACAUUCAUUUCCAGAUUUUUGUAUCUGAGCGUCAAAUAGAAAAGUAGAAUUUUGUUUAGCACGUGAUAAUAUUUGAAAACCUUCAUUUUUUGAACUCCAGGCAUCGUGACCAGUGACUUAAAUGUGGAAUUUAGGGCAUGAGAGCUAUUUUGGUACUGCUCUCAUAUCGCCACACUUGCAUGAAUGCGUGGGGGCAGCAAGAGGCCCAGAUUCAGCUCAGUGUUACGUUAGCCAUCAUGUGUCAGAAUACGACCACUGAAUAUUAUUGUAGUAUAAUUCAUUUCCUGCAUGACUGAGAUCAUUUCAGGGCUUUAGUAAUAUAAUCUUACCUAAAUGUUUAUCUUUUUUCUCAUGUUUAAGAAUUUUUGACCAUUAUCGGUCAACUUCUGAUGUCAUACGUGUAGAUGUAGUGUGAUUUCUGAAUAGUUUUUUUUUGACCAAAUUAAGUAUUAUUUUGAAAAUGCCUCCAUCAUUUUGUGGUGGAAUUGGAAAAACACAGAUGUUAUUCUGCCUUUUGAUUAACAUUACCUUGAGAAGGUACCAGUGUUGGAAGCAAAAGGAAGCUUAUUUCUUCCUGCGUUUACUUUUCAUUUGUCAGUUUUUUUUUUUCCCCUUUAGUGAUGUAUCAGUAUGUAGCCAGCAUUUAGGUCAAGGACUUGGAAGUGUCUGACUGUAUUUAAAGCACAGAGGGAAGCGUCUGGUCCCUGCGCCUUUAAGUCCAAACAGGUUGUUCGCAUGAUGUGGGUGUCAAGUAGAUGCACUGGCGUCAUUCCCACGGACGAAUGAAUUUGCACGGAUAUGUGUUUGAAAAAAGCAUGUUUUUCUAGAUUUUUUUUUUUUUUUUAGGUGGGAUAACAGUUGACGGAUGUAUGCCUGAUGCUGAUCAUCUCUCAUGUCAAAAAGGUACCUCACUUGAUAGCACUAUGAAUUAUUAACUUGUUGUAAAUAUUCAUUACAUCAAUAUCAAGGCACAUUGAUAUCAGCUACAAUUUCAGAGCUUUCCAGGUGUGAUGCCAAUGCAUUUGCUUGUCUUCCAUGGAAAAACACAAGGUCAUCAUCGUCCUGUUGCAUGGAAGAUUCAAAUAUGAUCUUCUGCUACACCUGUUGGUCUGCAUCAUUGUAUAAUUUAAUGUUUUUUUGGUACGAACUUUACUUAAAUUUGCCAGAUGUACAUAUUUUUUUGUAUCAGCAUGUUUUGAU